AUGUUUUCUCUCUCCAAGGGCACAAUUGCCCUAGCUAUUGCCCAGCUCUUUACUGGAGUGCAUGCCGGCCUGAAAACCUGCACCGACACUAGCAACCUGAGCUGCCAUAAUUCUACAGCUGUUUCCGACCUCUGCUGCUUCAAUUCCCCUGGUGGCACUCUUAUGCAGGUCCAAUUCUGGGAUACUGAUCCCUCCACUGGUCCAUCUGAUUCCUGGACAAUCCAUGGUCUCUGGCCAGACCAUUGUGAUGGUGGAUACGGCGAGCACUGCGACGACAGCCGCGAAGUCGACGAUAUUGAAUCCGUCUUGAAGGACCAGGGUCGAACAGAACUACUCGACUACAUGCAAACCUACUGGAUCAGCGAUAGCGAAUCAAACAACAAAUUCUGGGCCCAUGAAUGGAAUACUCAUGGAACGUGUGUCAACACUAUCGACCCCAGCUGCUACACCGACUACGCUGAACACGAAGAAGUUGGUGAUUUCUUUGAGCAAGUGGUCACUUUAUUCAAGGAUUUGGACACUUAUACCGCCCUUUCGAAAGCUGGUAUCACACCUACAAAUGACAAAACCUACACCGCAAAAGAGAUUCAGUCUGCUGUUGGAUCAAUCCACGAUGGCUAUGAGGUGACUUUGCUCUGCAAUGAUGACACCUUGUAUGAGAUCGAAUACUACUUCAAUGUCUACGGAAGUGCAGUUGGUGGUAAAUACGUUGCAACUAGCCCACUUUCCAAGUCUGGAUGCCCCUCGAGUGGUAUCAAAUACCCCCCCAAAGACAGCAGUAGCAACUGA